CGCCAUUUAAAGCAUAGCUUUGUUUAUAAAACGAUUUAAAGUUUUCAUAAAUGAAUGUUUGAAUCAAUCGUUAACUGAAUCGUCGGUUAAAUCACAACUCAAUUAACAAUUUUGAUCCCAAAUUAGAUACACAUCUGUUGUUUGAGACAAUGGCUGAAGACCUGGACGUAGAGGCGAUGCUGGAGGAGGCCAUCAAACCAUACAAUCAUAAGGAGUCAAGCAAUGCAUUGGCCGUCAAUGGGUCUGACAAAGAGAAGAAAGAGAGUAAAGACAAAGACAGGCGACGAAAAAGGAGUCGAAGUCGAGAAAGAGAUCGCAAAUCAGAGAAAUCUCGAGACAAGGAGAGGAAGAGGAGUCGAAGUCGAGACAAAGAUAGGACUAAAGACACUAAAGAUAGAGAAAAGGAUAAAGAAAGGGAUAAAGAGAGGGAUAGAGAUAAGGAUAAAGAGAAGGAUAGGGAGAGUCGAAGAGAGAAAGAGGGCGAACGGCCUCGAGAUCGUCAUCGAAAGAGUCGGAGUCGAGACCGAGAGCGCCGCAGAAGAAGCCGAUCCAAGAGUAGAGACCGGAGACGCAGGAGUGGGAGUUGGGAGCGGUGGGGAAAUGGACGCCGCAAUCGGUCGCGAUCUCGAAGUCCAAUGCGUUACGAAGAGUUGCCUCCCGAGGAAAGGGAUCAAAGGACAGUGUUUUGUAUGCAAUUGGCCGCUAGGGUUAGAGUCAGAGAUUUGGAGGAAUUCUUUUCAGCGGUCGGAAGAGUGAGAGAAGUUCGGCUCAUUAUGGAUAACAAAACGCGAAGACAUAAAGGCAUCUCUUAUAUAGAAUUCUAUGACAUCUCUUCGGUUCCUUUAGCUCUGGCCAUAUCGGGUCAGAAGUUGUGCGGCGUUCCCAUCAUUAUACAGCCCACUCAGGCGGAGAAGAACCGAAUGGCCACUACUUCUACUAGUAUUCAAAGGGGUUUUGCCGGACCGAUGCGACUAUACGUCGGUUCCCUUCACUUCAAUAUAACUGAAGACAUGUUGAGAGGAAUUUUCGAGCCUUUCGGACGAAUAGACAAAAUAGAGCUCAUGAGGGAUAUGGAGACGAAUCGCUCAAAAGGUUACGGUUUUAUCGCUUUCCACGACGCGGAGGACGCGAAGAAGGCGUUGGAACAGCUCAACGGCUUUGAACUCGCGGGUCGACCCAUGAAAGUGAAUCACGUGACGGAGAGGCAAGAGAUGAUGCAGAUGAGCUCUAUGCUCGACACCGAUGAGUUGGACAGGACUGGCAUCGAUUUGGGAACCACUGGAAGACUGCAACUCAUGGCCAAACUAGCGGAAGGCACUGGCAUUCAGUUGCCUCAGGCGGCCGUUACGGCGCUUCAGAUCAGUCGGGAAGCGGCGGCCGCACCGGCAGUAACGACAGCACCGACCACGACGUCUAGUAACGGAAGCGCCGCCACAAUUGCCACCCAAUGUUUUAUGUUAAACAACAUGUUUGACCCCAACAACGAUGAAACCAAAGCCAAUCCCCUCUGGUUUGAAGAGAUCCGCAAUGAUGUCAUCGAAGAAUGUCGUAAACACGGCGGCGCUCUUCACGUGUUUGUCGAUAAGGCCUCCAAAGGAGAUGUUUAUGUCAAGUGUCCCACCAUUUCCUCGGCAUCCGCUUCGGUGACGGCCCUUCACGGCCGAUGGUUUGCAGGUCGUUUAGUGACUGCAGCCUAUGUUCCAGUCAUUCAUUAUCACAACUUAUUCACAGAGUCUGCAAUAGCGACGACACCCCUCUGACCGAAGCAUACCCUUUGGACAUAACAUUUGGAUAUUUUUUCAAACAAUAAACUAUUAUUAAUUACACUUUAAUCUGAAUCAGAUUACCUGAACAUUAGAUAAUAGAGUUGUAUUUCAACGUUUUUGUGUCCAUUUAUUGUUAUUUUUCUUAUGUCUUAAUAUUUAAAAUCAUUUAAUUAAUUCUAAACACAAAUGUAAAUCACUUUUGCCAACAAAUUAAUAAAGUAAUUGUAUUUGAUAUUAA